AUGAAGUUCACCAACAUUGUUCUCGCUGCCAGCGCCGCAAGCCUGGCUGCUGCUUACCCCCGUGGACGUGACGUUUCCCCCGCAAAGCAGAGCAUCAAGAAGCGCGGCACCGGCUUCAAGUGGGUUGGUGUCAGCGAGUCUGGUGCUGAGUUCGGCGAGGGUAACGUCCCCGGUACUCUUGGAUCGGACUACACCUGGCCCGAGACCUCCCAGAUCAAGAUCCUCAGAGAUGCCGGCAUGAACGUCUUCCGUGUUCCUUUCUUGAUGGAGCGUCUGGUCCCCUCCAGCAUGACCGGCACCACCGAUGCUACUUACCUGGCUGCCUUGAAGAAGACUGUAGAGUUCAUCACUGACAGCGGUGCCUAUGCGGUCCUUGACCCUCAUAAUUACGGAAGAUACUCUGGCAGUAUCAUUUCGUCUACCGACAACUUCAAGGCUUGGUGGAAGACCGUUGCUACCGUGUUCGCUGACAACGAGAAGGUCAUCUUCGACACCAACAACGAGUACCACGACAUGGACCAGACUCUUGUUCUGAACCUGAACCAGGCUGCCAUCAACGGUAUCCGUGCUGCCGGUGCCACCAGCCAGUACAUCUUCGUUGAGGGUAACGCCUGGACUGGUGCCUGGUCGUGGACUGACAACAACGACAACCUGAAGGACCUCACAGAUUCCGAGGAUAAGAUCAUCUACGAGAUGCACCAGUACCUCGACUCUGACAGCUCCGGUACCUCUGAGACCUGCGUCAGCAGCACCAUCGGAAAGGAGCGUAUCCAGGCUGCCACUGAGUGGCUCCAGUCCAACGGCAAGAAGGGCUUCAUCGGAGAGUUUGCCGGUGGUGUCAACAGCGACUGUGAGGCCGCUGUUGAGGGCAUGCUCUCCUACAUGUCCGACAACAGCGACGUCUGGAUGGGUGCUGAGUGGUGGUCCGCUGGUCCCUGGUGGCACAGCUACAUGUACAGCUUGGAGCCUUCCGAUGGCCCUGCUUAUUCCACCUACCUCCCCAUUCUUGAGAAGUACUUCGUCUCCUCCGACUCUGCUUCCACCUCCUCUGCUUCUUCCUCCUCGUCCUCCUCCUCGUCCUCCACCUCCUCCACCUCCUCCACCAAGACCGCCGCCCAGACCUCCACCACUACCGUCGCUGCCAUCGAGGUCACCAGCACCCCCAACAGCCAGGUCGAGGCCAUCUCCACCGCCGUCGAGUCCACUAGCUCUGCUGCCCCCGCCGUCUGCGCCGCUUCUACCUCCACCGCUGCUCCCGCUCCCGCCGCUACCACCGUCACCUCCAUCCCCGUUGACGUCCACGUUCCCACCUACGCCCCUACCACUCUUGCCACCAUUACCUCCGCCGCUCAGAGCACCUCUAGCGCCUCUGCCAGCGGAGGUGUCGUCAAGCACUACUUCCAGUGUGGUGGUAUCAACUACACUGGCGCCACUACCUGCGAGACCGGCACCACCUGUGUCAAGCAGAACCCUUACUACUACCAGUGCGUUUAA